AUGGCUGACGGCUUCCUCGAGGCCGCCAUUGCUCGUCGCGCCCUCGUCUCUCUCUUGACCAGAACGCAACAUCGCAAAUGGGUAAAAGAUGAGUCGGCAUUGAGCAUCCCCGCUGGGAUAACCGACACCGCCGCAUCAUCUCCUCCUCCUCCUGCCCCGUCCGCUCCACCGUCACCACUCGCCUUACAGGCCCGGCAGCACCACUCCGAAGGAGAAAGCGGAGGAGUAUCCGGCGGCGUGGGGAGGCACGGCCCGCGAUCGUCGUGGAGCGAAGGCGGCGAACGAGACUCGGGAGUGAGCGGUGGUGUGGGAAGGUACUGCCCGUGGCCGGGGAAGGACGGUGGCCGGUGGGGGUUGGGGGGCGUGACGGGGUCCGCGGGGCGCGCGGGACUUGUGGGUGCCUUCAUGCCGCUGGGGAGGGAAGGGUCCGAGCUGUCGGCCGUGAAGUGGGAGAUGCCGAGCCGCGCGGCGCGCAUGGCGCGGUUGCUGCGGAAGGACCAGCGCGAGCUGCGGAUGCUUCCGCGUUGCGUCUUCGUCGAUACUGGAGAUGAUAGCGUGCGCGUUCCCUUGGGUUUUGGUUGGUCCGGCUGGGGGUCGGAAGUCGACGUUUUGAGCGAUGACGAGGUUUUGGGGGACGAGGUGUUCAUAGACGAUCUUCGGAGAGAAGAGCUCUUGAGGGAGGAGCCGCUGGGGGGCGAGUCCUUGGGGGAAGGGGUCUUGGGGGAGGAACCCCUGAGGGACGAACCCUUAGGGGACGAGCUUUUGAGAGAGGAGCUCUUUUGA